AUGGUCAAAGUUCAGGUGGCAAUUAAUCGUAAGAUAUUAUCACAUGCCCAACCUUCCGAAAUUGGGAUCAAAUCCAAUGCCAUAGUAAGUGAGUAUCGUGAAGGCGCCCACUUCAACAAUGCUGACCGGUAUUUGCGUUAUCCACAGGGGAAGAGCAUAAGCCCACCCAGGGUAAAAGAAGAAAUUCCUUUGCUUGUAGAAGACUGGAAGCUUCUGAAUGGUCAAUGCUAUCUCCGCCAUGCCAUUAAAAAGGAUAGUGGUGGCAGCAAGAUUGGAACAAGACAAUCGUACGUCUCAGGCUCCGGCUGCAGGAGUGAAAUCAGAACAGUCCCUUUCAUGAUGUGGACAAACUGUCUGAUCGAGUUCACGACCUGGAAGGUAGUUGAGCUGUCCAGCCCAGUUGAUAUCUCGUCCAUGAAAAGCGCUUUUGCGGGUCCCACCAGCAUCUCACCUUCGCCAUUGUUUACCAGUGGUAACACGCUUUCGCUGCCCACCGGAGAUGCCCCUAAUCAUCUCAUCUCCUACAACGUUUACCUUCAAUUGAGGAUCAAGCAUCCCAGCCAUAGCCAAUAA